AAAACCAUUGGAACCAAAGCACUCAUUGACUCUGGAGCAACCGACGACUUUAUGGAUACAAAAUUUGCCAUCAAACACCGCCUACCCCUUAACAAACUCAAUGUACCCAUCACAUGCAAAAAUGUAGAUGGAACCAUCAGCAACGGAGGGAAGAUCACCCAUUACACCUAUCAAAGGAUAGAAGCAGGAGGAAGGAACACCAUGUGUAAAUUCCUUAUCACCGGACUAGGAGGAGAAGACAUUCUCCUUGGAUACCCGUGGCUUCGC